CCUUUUCUCAUUGGUUAAAAAGUCCCCCUCUAUGUCCGUCACUGGUCAGGUCUUUCACGAUCAAAGGCUUUGAGUCAUGGGAACGAGCGUGGCUGUGAAGAUCUCUGCUCUGCUUUGCGUUUUUCUUCUUCAUGGCUCUCCGCCUGUACAAGCAGAGAAGCACUCGCUGUACUACAUUUACACGGCUUUGUCCAAACCGGUCGAUCUGCCGGGCAUCUAUCAGUUCACUGCCACGGGUCUGCUAGACGACAGACAGAUCGACUAUUACGACAGUCAGGAACAGAGGAAGACUCCCAAACAGACCUGGAUGAAGGAGAAACUGCAGGAGGAUUACUGGGUAAAAGGCACCCAGUCGAGAAAGAGCAAAGAACAGUGGUUCAAUGUGAACAUAGGCAUCGUGAUGAAACGCAUGGGGCACAACGAAUCAGAUCUUCAUGUUCUUCAGUGGAGAGUUGGCUGUGAAGCUGAGAAGCAGGGAGAUGGUGUGACGUUUUCCAAAGGCGCUAGCGAGUACGGCUACGACGGGGAGGAUUUUUUGUCUUUUGAUAUAUUAGAGUCUCGGUGGGUCGCCUCAGUCGAUGCAUCUUUACCAACCAGAAGAAAAUGGGACAAUGUACCAAUCCUAAACCAGUACACCAAAGGCUACCUGGAGAGGGAGUGCGUGGACUGGAUCCAGAAAUUCACAGAAUACAGAGACGAGGAGCUCGGCUCCCCUCCAGAAGUUCACGCGUUCGCGAGGAAAUCGACCCGAACCCGGCUGAAACUCACCUGUGCGGUCACCGGCUUCCACCCCGGAGAAGUGACGGUGAUCGUUAGGAAACAUCUCACACCUCUGCCUGAAGAUGAAUCCACAGGAAUCAGACCGAACCACGACGGGACCUACCAGAUGAGGAAGAGCGUGGAGAUCGACAGGGACGAAGAGGCGGAAUACGACUGUGUCGUGAUCCACGAGAGCUCGAAAGACCCGACUAUCGUCAAAUGGGAAGGACUGGAGAAAACUACUCAAUCGCCGACUGCCAGUGCCGCUUACGCUGGAGAACCGUCUGUUUUCGCAGGCGACGCUCCAGGCGGCCGGCCAGCUGUGUUCAUAAUUUCUCUCUCUCUCAUAUAUCUUCUCAUCUGGACAUACUGAAGAGACGCACUCAAGGACACCUUACAGCAGGAGCGGCAAAUCAUUCACUUAUUUCUAAUACAUUAUAAUGAAAAACAGACACAUCUAACUAAUUUCACUGAUUUAUAUGUCAUUUAUAGACGUAUUCAUGCUAUUUCUUUCACUAGACUGAGUAUUAUUAUUUCUUCACACUGCUAGAAUCACAAUCAAGUUGAAUAAUGUCUGCCACUCUUUAAUUAUCUGAAUGAUUAAAUGACUAUAUUUGUAAACGUUUUGAGAUCAGCCAUUAAAACCUAUCUAGCAACCUGUA